AGAGAGAGAGAGGGGGAGGGCUCUGUGCUCGUGUGCUGAGUUCAGUGUGUUGUCUCCGUGUGUUGUUGUGUGUCUCUGCUGGAGACAGAGAGAGCUACCAGGUUGGUGAAAGUUGUGCUGAGAGCAACAUUACUUCUUCUAAAGUAGAACCUCGACACACAUCCGGAUACAAAGAGAAAGCGAAUGAUAUAGACAGCAACCCGACUUCCUCCACCAGAGAAGAUGGGGAAUCUGUUAAAAGUGCUCACUUGCACAGAGCUUGAACAGGGGCCAAACUUUUUCCUUGACUUUGAAAAUGCGCAGCCGACAGAAGGAGAGCGUGAGGUGUGGAACCAGGUGAACUCGGUCCUCCAGGACUCAGAGAACAUCCUGACUGGCCUGCAGUCAUACAAAGGAGCCGGCCAGGAGAUCAGAGAUGCAAUUCAAAACCCCAGCGACUUCAUGCUACAGGAGCGAGCCUGGAACUCAGUCUGCCCGCUGGUCAUCAAACUCAAGAAGUUCUACAGUUUUUCUAUCAGACUAGAGAGGGCCCUGCAGAGUUUGCUGGAGUGCCUCACAUGUGCGCCCUUCACGCCCACUCAGCACCUGGAGAGGGAGCAGGCGCUGGCCAAACAGUUUGCAGAGAUCCUCCACUUCACUCUGCGCUUCGAUGAGCUCAAGAUGAGAAUUCCUGCCAUCCAGAAUGACUUCAGCUACUACAGAAGAACCAUCAGUCGAAACCGGAUAAACAACAUGAAUUUGGACAUCGAGAGUGAAGUCAACAACGAGAUGGCCAACAGGAUGUCUCUGUUCUAUGCCGAAGCUACGCCGAUGCUGAAAACACUCAGCACCGCAACCACAAGCUUUGUGACAGAGAACAAGACUCUUCCACUGGAGAACACAACAGACUGUCUCAGCACCAUGGCCAGCGUCUGUAAAGUCAUGCUGGAGACGCCGGAAUAUUCGAGUCGUUUCAGCAGCGAGGAGACGCUCUUGUUUUGCAUGAGGGUCAUGGUCGGAGUCAUCAUUCUUUAUGACCACGUCCACCCCAACGGCGCCUUCAACAAGUCCUCCAAGAUAGACAUGAAAGGCUGCAUAAAGGUCCUGAAGGACCAGCCGGCAGACAACGUAGAAGGCCUCCUGAAUGCCCUCAAAUUCACCACUAAACACCUGAACGACGAGUCCACUCCGAAGAACAUCCGGACGAUGCUUCAGUAAUGUCUGUUCUCUUUUUUAUAUAUAUAUAAACCGAUAUGAAGAGGAUCAAUGCUCUGACCUCAAAUAAGAUGUAUAUGUUUACAUUAUUUAAAAAAGACUCGAUGUUAAUACUUGUGUGUAUUUGCAUAGUCAUUCCCUCCAAGCUAUUGAAACCUGCAGAGCACGUACCUUCUACUUGUACAUGAUCGCAUCACAUGAAUUGCCUCUACUGUUAACAGCUGUCAAAGCACACACCCAUCAGCCUUAUAACUGAGCUUCGCGAGCAGCACUUGGAAAAAAUAGUUCUUUAAGGAAUCUUCUCAAUCUUUUAUUUGACAAUGGGAUUAGUUUAGUUUAGUGUCCGGCUUUUAGACAAAUUCAACCUGAAGCAAAAUCAAUCUUUUUUUUUUAAUAUUUAAAAUUGUGACAAAGGUUCUCGUUUCCAUCAUAAUGACAUGUCAACAUGUAUUAAAACAAGUGAAGUUGUUUCUGUUUUUUUCCAUUCGAUCUACAAAGAAUGUGUUUUAAAGACAGAAUAUGAAAUCAAUCAAUAUUAAGAUGUGAGUUUGGUGUUGCAGUGAAGGGCUUGAUGUUGAGAGCAGAAAGAGGAUUGGUUGGUUUAAUGUAUGUAAUGAUAAAAGCAUUUAGCUGUUUUCUGGUUUUAUAGUCUGCUUUUUUUUCCCAGAUUCCAAUCUGGUUGACUGUUGAAGUGAAUCCACUGUGAACAUAAAACUUCCUUUGCACAUCCAGUCAGAUCCAGUAUGUCGAGGUUUGCUUUAACGGAGAGGUGUGAACAGGCUGUGAUAACGAAAUACAAACUCCAAUCAACCCACCAAAUGUUUUAUUUAAUGGUUGCGUGUCGAUGCUCUGAAUGAUGGUCUGCCAUGUUUUAAGUGACUUUAAGCUUUUGUAUUAAACAGAAAAUGCAUUUCUCUUAAAGAAAGGCCAAAAAAACUCAAAUUCUGAAUAAUGAUGUGUGCUUCAUAACUGAACCCCAUU